AUGUUGAAGGUAGCAAGUGUUAGAGUAAGGUCUAGUGGUAUUCGUUGGGUUGCUUCUACGUCAUUUAGGCUCAAUGGGAAGAAUGUUGGUGGAAAACCCUUUUUACCAGAUGUGAAAAAAGGUGAGGCAUUAGUUACACCACCCAGUAUAGAGCCUAUACCAAUACAAGAGGUAAAGGCCAAGAAGGUUGUUGAAGGUUUCCCUGAAUAUUCUGAAGUAAAGGGCAAAAGAUUUUCCUUGUUUGGUUUCCUUUUCAAAACCUCGCUUUUGGCAGUGGUGUUUUAUGGUGGUGUUUUAUAUAUCGCAACUAAGAACGAUAAGGUUAUGGACUAUGUUAUUGACCACGACUUGCCCUACCACGAGCAAAUUAUUGAACUGUUUGACAAUGUGUCAAAAGAAGAUAUACGAGAAGCUUGGUUCAAUUUGAAGCAGCAAUUUUUCAAGGUCAAAACCUCUUUUUCAAAUAGUGAAUUUGAUCAUAUCGCAACAGCCAUGGAACGCAAGGGGGAAGAGUUUCUCAAAGAUACAAGAAAUAAGUUAAAGAAACAUCCAAGCGGCGAAAGAAAAGGAACCGAACUAACCCCAGCUGAACAAUUACAAAAACCAGUUGAAGUUGAAAGCGUUACACGAGAUGUAACACGCUUCCCAUUGAUUGAACUCAGCUCGGAUGUCGCAGACUCUGUUGAUUCUUCUGUUAAACAGAUUAUUACCUCCUUGAACAGUUUUAUACAAUCUAUUGAUGCUGGUCUACUCCCAAGCUCUAAUUCAGAUUUAGUCAAGUCUAUUGGCGCUAGUCUUAACCAAUUGGGGGCUAAAAUGAAUACAUUAACCUCUACUUUUGACAAUGAGCUAAAGAACAAGUUGAAGGAAUCUCAAACAGAAUUGGCAUCGUCAUUUUCGAAAAAGGAAUUGGAAUUGACCGACAACUUGCUUGCUCGAUACAACCAAGAAAAAGCGCAAUUGGAAAAGAAAUUGAAUGAAAAGUUGGAGCGAGAAGUUAAAGCGGCUAGAGAAGCUAUUAAUCAAGCAGCUAUAAAUGCAGUUUCAAUGGUUAGAAUCGAGCAAACAAAGAAAUUUGAAAAAUUGGUAACUGAAAGAAUAAACGAGGAAAGAAACGGUAGAUUGGCCAACUUGGAAAAAUUGAAUGACAAAGUCAAAGAGCUAGAAAAGUUUGCAGCAUCCUUCCAAGACCAAAUUGUUAAAACACACGAAAAGACAUUAAUCCAAAGAUCUGCUUCUGCUUUGAAAGCAUUCUUUUUUGCUCCUAUUGAUGCGAAUGCAAAACCAAAGAGCCCAAAACCAUAUAUAGACGCUUUGGCACAGGUGUCUAAAGACGAUGAGAUCUUAAACUUGGCAUUAAAGGAAUUAACUCCAUUGAUUGCCAAAGACUCGUCUCACUCAAUUUUAACAACUGCCCAAUUGCUAACCAGGUUUGAGAAUUUGGCGCCCGAUUUGAGAUCGAGCUCUUUAUUGCCGCCCAAUGCAGGUUUAUUGGGCCACUUGUCUUCAUUAAUUUUUUCCAAGCUUUUAAUGCCUGUAAAAGGUGUUAAGAAAGAUGGUAAAGAUAUUGAAUCUGUUAUUGCCAGAAUCGAGUCAAGUUUAGUUAGAGGUGAAUUGGAUAUUGCCGUUGAAGAAGCUGCCAACUUGAAAGGAUGGACAAGAAGAUUAGCCAACGAUUGGGUAGUUGAGGCAAGAAAACGACUUGAAGUUGAGUUUUUACUAAACUUGAUAGAUAGCGAGUCAAGACUUUUGUAG